CCUCCUUCCAUCCUCCCCACUUUCCUCCGUGGAAAGGAGUCCGGAAGAGAAGCUGAGCCUGCAAAGAGAGGAAGAAAGGCUGGGGAAGAAAGGGGAGGCUGCUCAGCUCUUCCCAUGGGCCUUUGCUUGAUGACUUAAUCAGAUGGAGAAGGAAAAAAGUUCUUCAGUCCUGAUGGAGCCCAGAGUGAAGAUGGAGGAGCCAAACCAGACCAGCCCUGAAGGGGGAAGAGAGCCCUGCACAAUGUGGGGCAGGAGAAGUGUCCGCUUCCCAAGAAGAAUGGGUCAGGAUUCCCUGGAGGAGAAGGCCUUCAGCGCAGACAUUCAGUGCCAACACUUCCGGCAUUUCUGCUAUGAGGAGGCCUUGGGGCCCCGAGAGGUUUGCAGCCGCCUCCACGUUCUCUGCCGCCUGUGGCUGAAGCCUGAGGAACGUACAAAGGCAGAGAUGCUGGACCUGGUGCUCCUGGAGCAGUUUCUGGCCGUCCUUCCUGCGGAGAUGGAGCGCUGGGUGAGGGAAUGUGGGGCAGAGACCAGUUCCCAGGCCGUGGCUUUGGCUGAAGGAUUCCUCCUGAGUCAGGCAGAAGAGGAGAAGAUACAAGAAAAGGAACCGGAGGGAGAGAUCCUUCAGGCCCAGGAGGUCCCAUUGGAGACCAGCCAGAGAUUCUCUUCCAGAUGGAUCAAGCUGGAGGAGGAGGAGGACACAAGACCUGCUCCACCAGGAGAUGAACCAAGCAUGUUGGGAAGAUUUAAUCGCUCAUCUCUUUACAACCCAGCAGCAUCCUUACAAUGGGAACAGAUGACUUUUGAGGAUGUGUCUCUACAUUUCAGUAAGGAGGAGUGGGAACUUCUGGAUUCGGAUCAACAGACCCUGCAUUGGGAGGUCAUGGAGGAGAAUUAUAAGAUGUUGGCUUCUUUUGGUGGUCCUGGACAAGUGAGUGAAUAUGCUCCAUGUAAAACCUGGCUGAAAACAGAGGAUUGUAAAGAUGAGGAAGCAGAAAACUUGAGAAUGGAAGCAGAAGUAUAUCGAGGAAACCAAUGUGCUGCCGACAUCAGAGAAAUCACAAUCCAAGAAACAAUAGAUGAAAGCAGGGAGAUUGGGAACAGCCUUGCGUGUGAGAAUGGCUUCUUCCACGAAGCGUCAUAUCCAAGUGAUGAUAUUGCAAAUCAUAUAGAGAAAGGACAACCCAAAUGCAAUCAGUUGGAAGAAAGCUUUGGGUCUAAUAUACACCUUACAAACUAUGAAGGACCCCAAAUUGUGAACAAGACGUAUAAAUGCCUCGAUUGUGGUAUAAGCUUUGCCGAAAAGAGAAAUCUGAUUGCACAUGAAAGGAAUAAUAAAGGAAAGUGUGGUAAGAGCCUUAGCUGUGAAUAUGAGCUCAAAAAACACCGGAAUGGUCAUCCAGAAGAGAAGUCAUACAUAUGCCUGCAAUGUGGGAAGAGUUUCCACUCAAUAAAAUACCUCAAUAGGCACCAAAAAACCCACAAAGGGGAGAGGCCAUAUAAGUGCCCGGACUGUGGAAAAUGCUUCCAUCUGAAAGGAGCCCUCAAUGUGCAUCGAAGGACCCACACCGGAGAGAAACCCUAUAAAUGCCUGGAGUGUGGGAAGAGCUUCUGCCAAAAAGGAGAACUCCAGAGACACCAAAACACCCACACCGGAGAGAAGCCGUACAAAUGCCUGGAGUGUGGGAAAGGCUUUGCCGACAAGAGAAACCUCACUGGGCAUGAAAGGAAUCACAGAGGAGAGAAACCCUAUCAAUGCCUGGAGUGUGGGAAGAGUUAUAUCUUCAAAGCCGGCCUCAAAACUCACCAAAAGAGUCAUAUCGGGGAGUGCGGGAAAAGUUUCAGCUGCCAAACGGUCUACAGAAAUGAUACAGAAGAGAAAUCACAGACCUGUCUGGAGUGUGGGAAGAGCUUCCGCCGCAGAUCAAGCCUCAAAAUACACCAAAGAACCCACACGCGAGAGAAGCCGUAUAAAUGCCAGGAGUGUGAGAAAAGCUUCCAUCAAAAAGGAGAUCUCGAUAAGCACCAAACAAUCCACACGGGAGAGAAACCGUACAAAUGCCUGGAGUGUGGAAAAGGCUUUAUGCAAAAGAGGAGUCUCCUCCUGCACGAAAUGAACCACCGAGGAGAUAAACCCUACAGGUGCCCAAAGUGUGGGAAAAGUUUUAACUGUCAAUCGGUCCUCAAAAAGCACCAGAAUAGCCACAUCGACGAAAAAUCACACACAUGCCUGGAAUGUGGGAAAAGUUUUCGCUGGAGAGCAAGCUUCAAGGUGCACCAAAAAACCCAUGCAGGAGAGAAGCUAAAGGGGAGUGGGGAGGGGGCAUUCCUUGGGAAGGAGGCGUGGUCUGGGAGGAGAAAGGGGCGGGGCUUGGGAGAGGCCCCGCCCCCAGCAGCAGGAGAGUGGCGGGGCGAAGAAGCCGUCCCUGCAGAGGCUCCUUCCGUCUCUUCCCUCUCCAAGCCAUGCGCCUUUGCUUCACAACAUCUUCUGAUGGAGAAGGGAAGAGGUUCUUCAGUCCUGAUGGAGCCCAAAAUGAAGAUGGAGGAGUCAGACCAGACCAGUUCUGAAGGGGGAAGAGAGCCCAGCACAAUGUGGGGCAGGAGAAAGGUUGCAUUCUCAGGCGGAACGGGUCCAGAUGCCCUGGAGGAGAAGGCCUUCAGUACAGACCUUCAUGGCCAACGCUUCCGGCGCUUCCGCUUCCAGGAGACCAUGGGGCCGCGAGAGGUGUGCAGCCGCCUCCACUCCCUCUGCCGCCUGUGGCUGAAGCCUGAGGAACAUACCAAGGCGGAGAUGGUGGACCUGGUGCUCCUGGAGCAGUUCCUGGCCGUCCUUCCUGCGGAGAUGGAGCGCUGGGUGAGGGAAUGUGGGGCAGAGACCAGUUCCCAGGCCGUGGCUUUGGCGGAAGGAUUCCUCCUGAGUCAGGCAGAAGAGGAGAAGGUGCGGCAGGAAGAGCAGCAGGAGAGAGAGGCCCUUCAGGCCCAGGAGGCCCCAGUGGUGACCAGCAAGACGUUCCUUUCUGGGUGGAUCAAGCUGGAGGAGGAGAAGGAGGACACAAGAGCUGAUCCACCAGGGGAAGAGCCAAGGAUGCUGGGAAGCCGUAAUAGCUCAUCUCUUUGUGAAGCAGGAGAAACAGCCUCCAUGGAACAGGAUCAGGUGACUUUUGAGGAUGUGUUUGUACAUUUCAGUGAGGAAGAGUGGGCCCUGCUUGAUCCGGAUCAACAGGCCCUGCAUUGGGAGGUCAUGGGAGAGAAUUAUAAGAUGUUGGCCUCUUUCGGUGGUGCUGGAAAAGAGAGUGAAAAUGGGACAGCAUCAUAUAAAGUGUGGCUUAAACCAGCAGAAUAUAUAGAGGGGGAAGAAGGAAACCUGGAAAUGGAAAGAGAAGAUACGAGGGAAAUCAGAAUUCAAGAAACUGUAGAUGAAAGCAGGGAAAUUAGGAACUGUCUUGUCUUUGGGAGUAACUUCUUGCAUGAGAACUCCUGCCUAAAUGGUGAUAUCGCCAUUUGGAUAGAGAAAGGACAACCUCAAUACCAUCAAUUGGAAGAGAGCUUUGGAUCUAGUAUACACCUUACAAACUUUGAAAACCCACAAAUUGUGAAUAAGCCAUAUACAUGCCUGGAGUGUGGAAAAUGUUUCUCUAAAAAAGAGGUCCUGAACACACACAAAAAUAUCCACACAGGAGAGAAGCCGUAUAAAUGCCUGGAAUGUGGAAAAUGUUUCUUUCAGAAAGGAAACCUCAAAAGACAUGAAAGAACCCACACAGGAGAGAAGCUAUAUAAAUGCCUGGAGUGUGGAAAAGGGUUUUCAAAUAAGAGAACUCUUAUUGGACAUGAAAUGACUCACAGAGGAGAGAAACCCUAUAAAUGCCUGGAGUGUGGAAAAGGUUUUGCUGAAAAGAGAAGUCUUAUUGGACAUGAAAUGAAACACAGAGGAGAGAAACCCUAUAAAUGCAUUGAGUGUGGAAAAGGCUUUCAUGAUGAAAGAGUCCUCAAAGCACACCAAAAUACCCACACAGGAGAGAAGCCAUUUAAAUGCCUGGAGUGUGGAAAAUGUUUUUUUCAGAAAGGAAACCUCAACAAACACAAAAGAACCCAUAUAGGAGAGAAGCUAUAUAAAUGCCAGGAAUGUGGGAAAGGUUUUUCUGAAAGGAGAAGUCUUAUUGGACAUGAAAUGAAUCACAGAGGAGAGAAUCCCUAUAAACACACUGAGUAUGGGAAAUGCUUUCAUCACAAAGGAGUCCUAAACACACACCAAAAACCCCACAUGGGGAAGAAGUCACAUCAAUGCCAGGAAUGUGGAAAAGGCUUUUCUGAUAAGAGAAGUCUUAUAGGACAUGAAAUGAAUCAUAGAGGAGAGAAACCCUAUAAAUGUCUGGAGUGUGGGAAGGGUUUCUGUUGGAAAAAAUCCCUAAAGCUGCACCAGUACACUCACUGGGAAGAGAAGCCAUAUAGAUGCUUGAUGUGUGGAAAAGGUUUUGUUGAAAAUAGAAAUCUCAUUAGGCAUGAAAUGAAUCAUAGAGGAGAGAAACCCUAUUCAUGUUUGGAGUGCGGGAAGAGUUUUACCUUGAGAGCUCGCCUAAAGCUGCACCAAAACACCCACAGAGGAGAGAAGCCAUAUAAAUGCCUGGAGUGUGGGAAAUGUUUUUCUGAUAAGAGAAGUCUUAUUGGACAUGAAAGGAAUCACAGAGGAGAAAAACCCUAUAAAUGUCUGGAAUGCGGAAUGGGUUUCUGUUGGAAAAAUAAGCUAACGCUACACCAGAAAAUCCACAUGGGAGAGAAGCCCUAUAAAUGCCUGGAGUGCGGAAAAGGUUUUUCUGAUAGGAGAAUUCUUAUUGGACAUGAAAUGAAUCACAGAGGAGAGAAACCCUAUAAAUGUCUGGAGUGCGGGAAGAGUUUCUGUUGGAAAAAUAAGCUAAAACAGCACCAGAAAACCCACAGUGGAGAGAAGCCGUAUAAAUGCCUGAAGUGUGGAAAAUGUUUCUCUCGGGGAGAACACCUCAAGAGACAUGAAAGCACCCACACGGGAGAGAAGCUAUAUAAAUGCCUGGAGUGCGGAAAAGGUUUUUCUGAUAAGAGAAAUCUUAUUGGACAUGAAAUGAAACACAGAGGAGAGAAACCUUAUAAAUGCCUGGAAUGCGGGAAGAGUUUCUGUUGGAAAAAUAGCCUAAAGUUGCACCAAAAUACCCACAGAGGAUAGAAGUCAUACAAAUGCCUGGAGUGUGGGAAAGGUUUCUUUCAGAAAGGAAACCUCAAGAGACAUGAAAGAACCCACACAGGAGAGAAACCCUAUAAAUGCCUGGAGUGCGGAAAAGGGUUUUCUGAUAAGAGAACUCUUAUUGGACAUGAAGUGAAUCACAAAGGAGAGAAACCCUAUAAAUGCCUGGAGUGUGAGAAGAGUUAUAGUCUUAAAUCCAUUCUUACAGAACAGUCAUACAAGAGAGUUUGGGAAGAGUUUUAGCUUCAAAUCAGACCUCAAAAAUAUCCAGAAUAGUCAUAUAGAAGAGAAAACCAAAGACCUGUCUGGAGUGAAGUAAGAGCUUCCAUUGGAGAGCAAGUCUCAAGGCCGAAUAAUAAACCCACAUGGGAGAGAAGGCAAGAAGCCUGGAAUCUGAUAAGAGUUUGCACUGCACAUUCUUUAAUUUGAAUUCAGAGAUUACCAGAAUGUUCAUACAAAGAGAAUGUAUACAUAUUCCUGCCUUGUGGAAAGAGAUGAGUUGCACAACAAGCUUCACGAAGAAGUAAAAAACCCAUAUGGGAAAGAACCCACGGAAAUGCCUGGAGUGUGUAAAAGUCUUCACUCAGAAGAAAAAUCCCCUUGAGCAUGAAAUGAAUCCCAGAGGAGAGAAGCCUCUAAAUGCUCAGAGGGUGGGAAGAGUUGUGACCUCAAAUCAGGUCUCAAAACUUUCCAGGAGGGAAAGCAUGCAUAUGCCAAAAAUGUGGGAAGAGUUCGAUCCUCAGUAGGCUCCAGAAUGCUCACACAAUGAAGGAAACACGUGUGGACUGAAAACUGCUCUAGCCUUCGUAUUGAUUCUCUCUUGUCUAGACAGACAGUUGAUGCAAGUCAUCUUGGAUUUUCUUGACAUGCUUUAAGGGAGAACCUGGCAGGUUCAGCCCAGUUGUGGCCUUGUGGCCCUGUUGCCGCUUCACCGGUAUCCACACUGGUUUCUGUCAGAGUACUUUGCAGUGCAGCAAUAGUUGGAGUCAGUGGAAUGCAGAACAAAGUGACAUCCAGAGACUUUGGUAAAACUAUAUACAAGUUUUACUGUAAGCAGUGAUAAUCAAGACAAACAGACUUGCAGACAAACACAGGACUUGACUCUACUCUACUCAGAACUGAACUGAUGCAAUCAGCAAUACACACACACUUGUGUCUGGACACUCCCCAGUUCCAGUCACACAUCAAGGUCAUCACAGCUUCUCAGUAAUUAACUCUUUCCAGACUAUAGUACACUCUGGAUGAUGCAAUCAGUAUGCAAUACAAGCAAGACACAAAUUUCAUUUAAACACUACCAAUACACAAAUCCCACAUUAACAGUUUCCUCCUUUCCAGCUCUUUUGUGCUUGUUUUAGAAAGUUUACUGAAAUGUACACGGUUUCUUGUAUUCUUUUGCAAAUGCUCAGAAGUAAAUAAAGGCAUCUUAUAGCCUCGUG